UUUUUGUUGUUUUAAAAAAAUUGAUAAUCAUAUUUGGAGGAAUUUUGCCUUGUAAAUAAAUAUAACAGUUAAAAAAUUAGCAAUGUAACUGUAGUUUUAUCAAGACAGCAUUUCUAAUAAGUCGGCGAAUAGACUAUUUUUGCAGUAACCAUACCCCAUUAAUCCGAUAUCCGGUUGGUGUUCUUGUCUACCAAUCUCCUCAAUCGUUACAUUACUACAGGCCUUGGUUCGGCAAGAAUGAAAAUGGCGUGGCAACCUCAAGAGGAAGGUCUUAGGCAAAUUCUCCAACUACUGAAAGAAUCUCAAUCGCCGGAUAAUGCGACUCAGAAAGCAGUUCAAGAAAAACUUCAAGAAUUUAACAAGUUUCCAGAUUUCAACAACUACCUCAUUUUCGUGCUCACCAAAUUAACAACUGAAGAUGAACCAACUCGCUCACUGAGUGGACUCAUUUUGAAGAAUAAUGUGAAGGCACAUUAUAACAAGUUCAUGCCAGAAGUGUCUGAGUUCAUUAAAUCAGAAUGUCUGAGCGCCGUGGGGGAUCCGAGUCCCUUGAUCAGAGCUACUGUAGGGAUUCUCAUCACGACCAUUGCCAGCAAGGGCGAGUUGACUACGUGGCCCGAACUGUUGCCAGCCCUCUGCAACAUGUUGGACUCUCAGGACUACAAUGUCUGCGAGGGUGCUUUUGGUGCUCUUCAAAAGAUAUGUGAAGACUCAACUGAGUUCCUUGAUAGUGAUGCUCUGAACCGACCACUCAAUGUCCUCAUUCCCAAGUUCCUGCAGUUCUUCAAACACUCUAGCGCUAAAAUCAGAUCUCAUGCCAUUGCAUGUGUGAACCAGUUCAUCAUCAUUCGAACCCAGGCUUUGAUGAUUCAUAUUGACUUGUUCAUUGAGAACCUGUUCCACCUGGCUACUGACGAUGAUGCUGAAGUCCGCAAGAAUGUCUGCAAGUCUCUGGUCAUGCUCUUGGAUGUCAGAAUGGACCGACUCAUUCCCCAAAUGCAUAAUAUUAUUGAGUACAUGCUAAUGAGAACUCAGGAUGCAGACGAGGGUGUGGCAUUGGAGGCCUGUGAGUUCUGGCUAACUUUAGCUGAGCAGCCAAUUUGCAAGGAGGUAUUAGGCCAGCAUUUGAAUCGUCUAGUGCCCCUUCUGGUAGGAGGUAUGAAGUACUCGGAGAUAGACAUCAUCCUCCUCAAGGGAGAUGUGGAAGAAGACGAAAUGGUACCAGACAGAGAUGAAGACAUCCGGCCACGGUUUCCCAAAGUACGGUCUCAUGGUAUGAAGCACUCAGAGCUGGAGAAUGGAGUGAGCGAAGGAGAUGAUGAUGAAGGGAUGGAUGAUGAGAGUACUCUGUCUGACUGGAAUCUCCGAAAAUGCAGUGCAGCGGGAUUAGAUGUGUUGGCCAAUGUAUUCCGGGAGGAUCUGCUUCCUGUAUUGGUGCCAAUCUUGAAGGAAACAUUGUUCCAUCAGGAGUGGGAGAUCAAGGAGUCAGGGAUUCUGGCUUUGGGAGCCAUUGCUGAAGGUUGUAUGACUGGGAUGAUCCCACACUUGAGUGAGCUGAUACCUUACCUGAUCGGCUGCCUGUCGGACAAGAAAGCUCUGGUGAGAGCCAUCACCUGCUGGACCUUGUCUCGCUACUCUCACUGGGUGGUCAGCCAGCCCGACCACGACACCUAUCUCAAGCCUCUCAUGACCGAGGUCAGCAGACGGAAACAUUACAACUAGUUCUAGGCCUAUGGA